AUGGAUGUUCUUAUGCCAACACCACCAUCAUGCCUCUCACCUUUUGGCUUACCAACCCAGAACACAGUGUAUCCUGAAGAUACUUCCGAAGAGUUUUACGUUCCAACAAUCAAUGUUGAGUUGAACAGUAUAUUUCAAAUAUUUGUUGUUGUUUGUUUUACAUCUGCAUUGAAUAAACCGCCGUUAGCUGCAGGAAUCUUAGAUGGACUCGUGCCUGAGGGUUGGACCUUAACUAAACAGAUUAUCAAGAAAGCCGGAUGUUAUGUGAAUGAGAAAUGGGAAAGGAGUGUGACUAUCAGUGGGCACUUUGGCUCUGUGCAAUCCAUUACAUGGGCUCCUGGCAAAGCUACAUAUCUUCUUAGUGCAAGUCGUGACUAUACAACUCGUCUACAUGCUCCUUGGAAACGAAACGGGAAGGUCACUUGGCAUGAAAUUGCUAGGCCACAGGUUCAUGGCUACGAAAUGCAGUUCAUUGUCAGUUUGUCUGACAAACAGUUUGCAUCAGCAGGUGAUGAAAAAGUUAUUAGAAUUUUUGAAGCUCCACAGUCUUUUCACAAUAGCUAUUUGAAAAUUAGCGGCAAAAAUAUUGAUGAUGAGAAGCAAUCAAAAGCUGUGUUUGCUAAUGUUCCGGCUCUUGGACUGUCCAACAAGGCUUUUUAUCCAGGUCCAGAUGAAACUGAGCAAGAACCUGUAGUAGCAGAAAGUGAUGUUGCAUCAAAACAGCCACCCAUGGAAGACGAAAUUAUUCAGAGCACUCUUUGGCCUGAAACACGAAAGUUAUAUGGGCAUGGUUUUGAAGUGUUUUGCUUGACUACUCAUCCAUCAGGAAAACUACUUGCAUCUGCAUGCAAGGCAUCAAAGCACGAGUAUGCUGUGAUCAGGAUUUGGGAUUGUGGAAGUUGGAAACAGCUGCAAACACUUGUUGCUCAUUCUCUUACUGUCACACAAAUGGCUUACUCCAAUAGUGGAGAUCGUCUCCUGGCAGUGUCAAGGGACAGAACUUGGUCAGUGUGGCGUCAAAGUGAAACAAAAGAAAAGGGUUUUGUACUAGAACAGCACGCUGACAAGAAAACAGUUCUCCAUACUCGGAUCAUAUGGACAUGCAGUUGGUCUCCUGAUGACAAAUACUUUGUUACUGGAUCGAGAGACAGAAAAAUUAUUGUAUGGAAGAACGGAGAAGGAGCUGUAACGCAGCAGUGGUCUCUUGCUUCUGAUGUUUUUGUGGCCAAUAACGCUGUAACAGCAAUUGAUUUCUGUUCUCAACAGAUAGAUGAAUUGAAUGGUGUGUACUUGCUUGCUGUUGGAUUGGAAUCAGGUCAACUGUCUUUGUUCAGCUGGCAGUGUAAACAAAAAUACCAACUAAGCUGGAACAAGUUGCUGGAUUUCAACAGCAGUCUUAGCCACUCAGCAUGUGUGAAACAAGUGCAGUGGCAUAAAGAGAUGACACAUUUUAAUAGCUCUAAACAUCUGAUGCUUGCAACUUGUGGAGAAGACUACGCUGUGAAGAUAAUAGAUAUUGCUAUACAACAAGACUAAUAGCGUUGUCAAUGUCUGCGUAAUACCAGGGAACGGGAAAUUUUUACAAAGCGGUUGGUGCAACUAAUAUAUACAGGUUUUGUUUAUUUGCGGAUACAUAAACGGACGUUUGCUUUUGUGUCUUCGAGAAUUCUCCAAUCAUGAUUUGUUAUUGUGA